GCCUGUGCCUCUGUCUUUGGCCCUCUCCAUACACAACACCAACACCAACGCCGACAGGUAUACACACACUCAAGAACUUGCUGCUCCACGAUGCGUUCCCCUGGUUGCGUGGCGCUUGGAGCAUGGGUGGGACUGCUGGGAUGCCGCGGCACGCAGGCGUUCCUUGGUGCUGCUUCGCCCGCUACUACAACGAGCACGCGCAGCACCGCAUAUCAGUCCUCCUGCGGUCACGCCCCGCACGACAACCAGCUCUCCACCUGGGGGAGAAGCAGAGCCCUCCGCAUGACCGGUGACGAUGAGAGCAAGCCGGCGGUGGCGGGGCCGAUGCCCGAAAUGGAGCAGAAGGUACCGAGCGUGACCGAGAUGAUGGACAAGGCGGCUGAAGCUGAUUUCGUCGCCAGAGCCAGCGCAAGCAGUAGCAGCGGGGGCGUCAUGGGCCCCUCCAAGCCGCCGGAGGAGUACAAGCGGAAGGAGAGGGAGGCCUUUGAGCUCAACAAGAAGCCCGAGACCAACCGGUGGGCCUCCGGCGCCUUCAAGAGAGGGCUCGCGCUCCAGGCGGUGGUGUUGUCCUUCGUGAUCUUCCUCUCUUUCCAACCCGAGGAGGUCGGAAACUUGGCCGUCUGCGCACCAUUCACGCGUCCCGGCGGCUGCGUGAGCUUCGGGGAGUGGGUUCAGGUCGUGUUCUUCGGCGCCCCGAUCCCCCCCAUGUAGUAUGUUUUUGGCAUUUUUUUCUUUGGGGGGGGGUGGCCGCGUGUGGGCGCUGGGUUGGGGUCAGCCCUCGGCGGCACCCAGAACCCCGGUACAUAUCAUGCUUGUGUUGAGGUGGGAGGAGGGAGAGGGUGCUGUGGCGGCUUGGGUCUCUCGGAGACGCUUCCGUCGCCCGUUCUCCUCGAAACGCAACCUCAUACCGUAUGACAUGAGAUAACACACCCCCUGGACCAUUUUUCCAAGUUCGAUAACGCCAUGACCAAGAGGAUGCAUUAAUGAAACAAUUCAUUUUCGGAUAGCUCUCCACGAGACAGCUUCAACGCCACCGUUUUCGGCGCUGUGACUCUUCCUGUUGUUGAUGAAUCGAGAUUUGAAAAUCGGUCCAGAGGGUGCAUUAUCUUGUGUCAUAUACGAUAUGCGUACUUGAGUGUAGCGUGGCGGACGAGUGCCUUGUGGGCUUCGUGGAGAGGAAUGGUCAUCGCGUUGAUCGGGUGGCGUGAUCAUACCCGCUGUCCCCUGUGCCUCUUGCGCGGUAUUCGUGGAAAUACUAAGCAUGUGCUUGGCUAUAUGGUGGUCGUCGCCUCCGCAUCGUGUGGGCGUGAUUCAUUUUUUUUCAAGGCUGCUGCUGCUGCUGCGGCUUUUUUUUUUUUGUCGAAUUUUUGCGUCGUGUGCAAUUCCCGUAGACAACACCCCCACGUCAGCCCCGGCGCCGAGAGACCGCAACCCCCUCCCCGUCUUUCCCCGUAUCCGCUCCCCCUUUUUAGCAUGGCGCAACCUGUCCAUGGUCGCUUCCGUGGGCUAAUUUUGGUCACGGGAGUCCAUGGAUUUUGUUGUCUGGUGGUCUCUUUUGUACGGGGUUCCAUGUGUAGGCCGUGGUACGUUGGUGUGCUGGCUUUGUUCUUGUUCUGUUUCCAUUUUUUCGCCAUACACAUGACGAAAGGGUGCUUCGUAUUAGGAGGGUGGGGAUGUUGGAAAAUAUCGUGGGAGUUGGCGUAUGCACUGUGUACUCGUGUGUGGAGCGGAGCAUUUGUUGAGUCGUCAUCUCCAGGUCUUAAAUUGUCCACCAACUGAUUGUUUUCUUCGACUUCGUGUGGAAUGAUGGAAGAUUUCUCGGCAACAACUAGCUUGACCGAUUGUCUACUGGUAACGUAACGUUGUUGCCACUACGUUGAGAUUGAAACGCUCCCGUGCGUACGUUCGCUGGCUUUCGCCUCGUUGUCGAUAAGUGACUGCGUGGUCCGAGUGUGAUGGCACGUAGUGUAGGCGGGACCGGCAGUCCAACGCACGCACUGAACACACGAUUCACCAACGCAAGGAACCUCUUGUCCGGCGCAACCCUUGACUGUCUCGUCCGGCAACGGUCAAAACUCACGCUUCCGAUGUGUCGUUCUCCUGUGCUCCUCCAAUCAAGGAACCGCCGCGUGUGGCCAAGCGCCACCAUAACGUCUUGAAUUCAACGAACC